ACUUAAGGGUAGUUAGUUGGAAAACGGUGUUACAAAAUAAAAACAGCCGACAAAACUUGGCCACAUAACUCAAAAAACAAAAAAAAAAGAAAGUGCCGCACAAUUGGGUUGAUGUCAAAAAAAGAAACACACUUCUGUUCUGUUCAUCAUAUUUUUUCCACAAAGAAAAUCACUAGUUUUUUGUAUAUGUUGUGUAUUUAAAUCAUUCGCAAAGAAAUAUAUUAUUAUCUUAUGGAAGAGCAGAAGUUUUUCGAAUUGCCAAGAAGAAAACGGGAAAAUUGAAUAAAAAUUCUAUAUAUAUGUCUACAUAACUACAUACAUACAUAUAUAUCUAGUUAGAUAUACAUAUAGAGAUAUGCCUGCCUACAUAUACACCUCGUAUAGAUAGAGAAGAAGCAAACCAAGAAAAAAAAAGAAUAACCAUUUAAAAAAUAUUUAGUAAAAAAAAUUGAAAAUAAAAUCCUAACCCAAGAAAAAAAAAAAGGAAAAAAUUGUGAAAAUUUCCAAACUGAACGACCAAGAAAAUCCUGUAUACGUUUUCUCCGGUUAAAAGAGUAACAAGCGAAAGGAAGUUUAGAAAAGCAGAAAAAUAAAAAUUGCAUUUUUCCACAUCAAAAAUAUACAUACAUAAUACUGAGAAAAGGAAGAAGAAAAAAAACCGAAAAUCCGAAACAAAAUUGGUGCUUCAAUUACAACAACAACAACAAAAUAUUCAAAUAUUUAUUCUUAUCAUUCUUAUUAAACCCACCAAAUUAAUUCUAUAUAUCUUAAACAAAUUAAUAUAUAUGUAAAAAACAAAAUAAAAAAUAUAUUAAAAAAUAUAUACCAACAACAAAACACCAAACAACAAGAAAAAAAAAAUAAACCAACCAACAACUACUACUACAAAUUACAACAGUAACAACAAUCAAAUAAAAUAAAAGUGUAAUGAAAAUAAAUGGCAACAUAUUCUCAACACAUACAACCAAACAAAAUUAUUAGCAUAAAACCAUUUGUGCGGUCAUUACCGAUGCAGAACCAAAACAACAACAAAUACAGAACAGAAUUAAAAGAAUAAAACAAACUUAACACCAAAACAACAGCAAAAGCCAAAUUACAACAAGAACAAAACAACAUUUCAUAUCCUCAAGAUAGUUACUACUACUACUAUUACAACUACUACCAAUAUUAUUACAACUAUUGCUACAAAAAAAAAAUAACAAAAAAAAAUACCACAACAAAUUACUAGGAAGUCGAAUAAAGAAAACGACAGCAAAAACGACACAACAAACGGAAACGGAAACAAGAAAAAUGUUUAAAUUUAAACCACAACGUUUUUCAGACCACAAUUAAAGAGCCGUCAUUCAAGUCACAUUUCAAAUCAUUCAUUGUCAACGUCAUCACCUCCUUACAGAAGGCAGCAGCAGUAGCGGCAAAAAAAAAUACCCCUAAACAACAACAUCAGCACUAAUACCACCACACCGUAUCACGCCCACCUUCAUCUACGUGUCACAUUUUUGUGUGUUUUCUGCAAAGAAAACCCCCUCUUCUAUCAACAAGUUGAACGGAAAAAGACAAAUAAAAAACAACAACAAUAGCAGGAAAGGAAGGACAAUCCAAUUCAACAAAAUAAAAAGAAAAAGCAAUUCAAUCACCAAAAGCAAAAAGUAGCAAACGAGAAACGACCAUAAAAAUUCACAGCCAACAAUCAACCAGCUGAGAAAGGAAAUCACACAUCAACAACAAGCGAGGCCCAUCAGAUUUGGAGUAGAAUUUUUUCUUGGCCCCCAGUUUAAAUAAAAACAUUCAAAAUUUACAAGCUAAACAAAACGGAUGCGACACAUUGCAAACGUCUUUCAUUCACUCACUCGCUGUUGGCUUGCUCGUUCACCUUGCAAAACAACAACAGCAACAACAAAAAGACAAACAGCAACAUCGCCAUUGCAUCAGACAGUCAGUCAGUCAAUCAGUCACACAAGAAGAACUCCAUCCAACGUGUCUUGUCAAACAAAACUUCAAAACAAAAAACGCAAAACGCAAAACUUCAUUCCUUCGCCAAGACAGGCGUCGACAGUGUGAGUGGAUUGUGGUUGUGGUGCAGGCAGAGUAGGAAGAGUGAACCGCUACAAAAUAUUCGGCGUUUUCACAUUGUUGAGGUAGUGGACCAAAGAGUCUGUGCGUGUGUGUGUGUGUGCGUCUGACCACCAUCAGCGGAUUCAGCAGCCGUAAUACCUCCCCACCACUCCUCAAGCAAAGAGAGUGUCGAGCAUAAAGCGUUGCCACCCAAGCAAAUUUAAACCGCGGCCUUACCGCGGCAUAUUAUGUCACGAGACGAUUACAAUCCUGUAACAAGCUCUGGUGUUCGAAGCCCGGGUCGUGCCAGACGACUAACGGAAUUACCAACAGUAGAUCGUUCACCAUCACGAGAUUACGGUGCACGUGGAAGUCCUUUAGCAAUGGGCAGUCCAUACUACAGAGACAUGGAUGAGCCAACUAGUCCCGCGGGGGCGGGACAUCAUCGAAGUCGAAGUGCCAGUAGACCCGUAAUGUCACAUGGUCUGGAUUAUCCAAGAGCCCCCCGUUAUCAAUCCUUGGAUAGAGGAGGUCUGGUGGAUCAUCAUGAUCGUGAGUUCAUACCCAUUCGAGAGCCCAGAGAUCGUUCGCGCGACCGGUCUCUGGAGCGUGGUUUAUACUUGGAAGAUGAACUGUAUGGACGUUCAGCCAGGCAAAGUCCCAAUCCGCUGGGCUUCAAUUCGGGCAUACCACCUACGGAUCGAGCGUAUUUGGGCGAUUUACAACAUCAGAACACAGAUCUGCAGAGAGAGUUGGGUCAACUGAAACGCGAACUGGAGUUGACAAAUCAAAAACUCGGUAGUUCUAUGCACAGUAUUAAAACUUUUUGGUCACCCGAACUGAAAAAGGAACGAGCCCUCCGCAAAGAAGAAAGCGCAAAAUAUAGCUUGAUUAAUGACCAGCUGAAGCUGUUGAGCACAGAAAAUCAGAAACAAGCCAUGCUGGUGCGUCAAUUAGAAGAGGAGCUACGUGCUCGCAUGCGUCAGCCCAACAUCGAGAUGCAGCAACAAAUCGAGGCCGUCUAUGCGGAAAAUGAUCAUUUGCAACGUGAAAUUAGCAUUUUGCGAGAGACAAUCAAAGAUUUGGAGUGUCGUGUCGAAACGCAAAAACAAACUUUGAUUGCACGCGACGAAAGCAUUAAAAAACUAUUGGAAAUGUUGCAGGCCAAGGGCAUGGGUAAAGAAGAAGAACGUCAAAUGUUCCAACAAAUGCAAGCGAUGGCCCAAAAACAGAUGUACGGUAAUUAUCCACCUGCUGGAAGCCCACCAUUACCAGAUAUUAUAGGACAAUAUUACACAGGUGGUUACGGCAGCGGCGUGGCGGGUGCUGCCGCCAAUUUGCCUUGCUAUGACAUGUAUGGUCCCUCGACGUCAACGGGCUACCUCUAUGAUCCUACACUGGCAGCGGCGGCAGCAGGCAUUGGCGCAUAUGGCGGUUAUGGUCAGACCUCGCCUAUACGUCGCCGACGUUAUAGCAUUGCUGGCCUGCCCUCGGCCUCAAUGAUGAACGAUUACUAUGGCUAUCAACAGCCGUUGGGUCCCGCCCCCAUACACCAGUCUUCCUCCUCGAAUAUUUUGAAUUUGCUCAACGAGGCCCACAAGUCAAUUUCCAGAUCGUCACAGAUACUGACGCAACAGGCCCGCCUACAACAGGCCCAGCAGGCUGCCGCCCAAACGGUGACGCCCCUAUCGCACUAUCCGGGUCGUGUGGUAUCUAGCUAUCCUACUUUGCAUCCGGGAGAUACCUCGCCGCCCUAUCUGAACGAUAAUCUAAUGCAAAUGUCCGCGAGUUUCUCGUCGCAACCGAACAUGUACUUCCAACAAUAUGGCCAGGCACAGCCGCCACCGCCGCCUGCGCCCUCGCAAAUGCAAACGGCGGUCGGUGCAUCGCGUCUCAGACCCGCCUAUUCCGUAUCGAAUCUGAACUAUCUGAAUUAUCCGUUAGGUGGCGGCAGCAAGCAAUACCCACUGAGUAGCAGUAAUUACAUGACCACGACUGGUAGCCAGUACGGUGGCCACAAUCUCUAUACGAAUCCCUCAGAUCUGUCGCCCUACAAUCUGCAAAGUCUGCUGCAGCAGCGCAACUUAAUGUCCUCUUUGCACGCUUCAAAUCCCGCCAUUUCGCAACUCUAUCAACAGCAGCAACAAGCCGCCGUCGUCGCUGCCGCUGCCCAGCAACAGCAAUCCUCGGCCUACCAGCAGAUGCUGGCCCAAAAUAUCCAACAGCAAUUCGCCGGUACGCAUCAUUAUGCCCAUCAACAGCAUCAAUUGCCCGUUAGUGCACAUCCCUCAGCAGCUCACAUCCAUGCCUCGGUGCAGCAGCAACUGAAUCCGGAUCAUCAAUUUCACAUACAUCAGCAACAGAAUCAUUUGCAAACGCAUCCCCUGGCGGCAUUGGCCAGCACCACGGCGCCAUUCCCGGCCACGCUGACCAGCAGUGCAUUGCAUGAUGUGCGCAGUUCAAUGGGUGGUGGGGCUGCGACAGGACUAACCGGCUCGGCGGCCUAUCACGACGCCAUGUUGUAUCCACCCACGCACCACCACACACAUCUGCACCAUCCGAGCACGUUAGGCCAACAACAGCAACACCACCACCACCACCCACAACCACAUCAUUCAUAUUCGACAACACCACAUCACUCACAUCAUCAGCAUCAUCUGUCACCAUAUUCGAAACUAGAUUUAGAUUAUCCAAAACUGCCACAAGAGCAUAAACGCCAAUUGGACGAAUUCCGUCUUGAAAUACAGAGGAGGGAUCAAGAAAUUUUGGCCAUGGCGGCCAAAAUGAAAACAUUGGAAGAACAACAUCAGGAUUACCAACGGCAUAUUGCGGUGUUGAAGGAGUCACUAUGUGCCAAGGAGGAACACUACAAUAUGCUGCAGGCUGAUGUUGAAGAGCUGAGGGCGCGCCUCGAGGAGAAGAACCGCCUGUUGGAGAAGAAAACGCAGGGCACACUGCAAACGGUACAAGAACGCAACCGUUUGACAAGCGAGCUGACCGAGCUAAAGGAUCACAUGGAAAUCAAGGAUCGUAAAAUAUGUGUGCUGCAGAGAAAGAUUGAAAAUCUUGAAGAUUUGCUUAAGGAGAAGGAUAAUCAGGUGGAUAUGGCCCGGGCACGUCUGUCGGCAAUGCAAGCUCAUCAUAGCAGUUCUGAGGGCGCUCUCACAAGUCUCGAAGAGGCCAUUGGCGACAAAGAAAAGCAAAUGGCUCAACUACGAGAACAGCGAGAUCGUGCCGAACACGAAAAGCAAGAAGAACGUGAACUGCAUGAGCGUGAAAUUGCCGACUACAAGAUCAAGCUGCGAGCUCUGGAAAGCGAAGUGGAAAAGCUGAACACCCGUUUGGAGCGUGCCGUUACCGAACGUGAACGUUUGGAAAUCAAAUUGGAGGCAUCACAAAGCGAACUGGGCAAAUCGAAGGCUGAGCUGGAGAAGGCCACCUGUGAAAUGGGCCGCAGCAAUGCCGAUUGGGAGACCACGAAACAGCGUAUAGCCCGUUUGGAAUUGGAAAAUGAACGUCUUAAACAUGAUUUGGAAAGAUCUCAGAUGCAGCUAGAAGAACAAACCACACUACAUAAAUCGGUACAAAAAUUAAUGUAUGAAUCUGGACAAAUAUCAUCGACAACGUUUGGCCGCACAACACUAACCACUUCCCAAGAACUGGAACGGGCCACAGAGCGGGCCGACAAAGCGGCAGCCGAACUCAGGCGUACCCAGGCCGAGCUGAGAGUCACUCAGUCGGAUGCUGAGAGGGCACGUGAAGAGGCUGCCGCUUUGCAGGAGAAACUCGAAAAGAGCCAGGGCGAAGUGUAUAGACUGAAGGCCAAACUUGAAAAUGCCCAAGGUGAACAGGAAAGUUUGCGACAGGAACUAGAAAAGGUCCAAGGCAGCAUUUCACGCAUACAUGCCGAUCGCGAUAGAGCCUUCUCCGAAGUGGACAAGAUGAAGGAAGAAAUGGAACGCACCCAGGCCACAUUGGGCAAAGCACAAUUACAACAGGAGAAAUUGCAAAAUGCAUUGGACAAGGCACAAAACGAAGUCGAUCAUUUGCAAGAGAAACUGGACAAAUCCAAUGCCGAAGUUCGUCGCCUCACAUUGGAGAAGGAGAAAUAUACCUAUGACUAUGACAGUCUACAAUCACAAUUGGACAAGGCAUUGGGUCAGGCAGCCCGCAUGCAGAAAGAACGUGAAACUCUUACAUUGGACACAGAUCGAAUACGUGAAAAACUUGAAAAGACACAGAUGCAACUUGCCCGUGUCCAAAAGGAGCGUGAUCAAUUCUCCGAUGAAUUGGAAACACUCAAAGAACGCUCCGAAUCGUCACAGACCCUGCUACAAAAGGCAGCCCGCGAUCGAGAGGCAAUGCAAACCGAUUUGGAAGUACUGAAAGAACGCUACGAAAAAUCCCAUGUCAUACAGCAGAAAUUACAGAUGGAACGUGACGAUGCCGUGACCGAGGUGGAAAUUCUCAAAGAGAAACUAGACAAGGCCCUGUACGCCAGCCAGAAACUUAUCGAUGAGAAGGAUACCUCGAACAAAGAGUUCGAGAAGAUGUUGGAGAAAUAUGAUCGUGCUCAAAAUGAAAUCUAUCGCUUACAGUCACGCUGUGACACGGCCGAAGCGGAUCGUGCCCGACUUGAGGUUGAGGCCGAACGCUCUUCACUGGCCGCCUCGAAAGCCCGUGAAGAUUUGCGUAAGCUACAAGACGAAAGCACCCGAUUGCAAGAGGCCUGUGAUAGGGCCGCCCUGCAACUUAGCAGAGCCAAGGAGGCCGAGGACAAUGCACGUGCCGAACUCGAACACCACCGAGAACGCUAUGACAAAAUUCAAACCGAUCUACGCCGUACCCAAGGCGAAAAGGAACAUCUGCAAUCCGAACUGGAGAGAGUAUCGUAUGAGCUGGAGAGAGCCCAUGCCGCUCAGAGCAAGGCCAGUGCCAGUGUGGAAGCGGCCAAGGAGGAAGCUGCCCACUACGCUGUGGAAAUGGAGAAAAUGCGCGAUCGUUAUGAAAAGAGCCAGGCCGAACUUCGAAAACUGCAAGACACCGAAACGUUUGGUCGUGAAACCCGACGCCUCAAAGAGGAGAACGAACGUUUGCGUGAAAAACUCGACAAAACUCUCAUGGAACUGGAAACUAUUCGCGGCAAGUCCCAAUACGAAUCAGAAUCCUUCGAGAAGUACCGCGACAAGUAUGAGAAGCUUGAAAACGAGAUCCAGAACAUGGAGUCCAAACUGCACGAGACAUCACUGCAACUGGAACUCUCCAAGGGAGAAGUGGCCAAACUGUUGGCCAGCCAGGAAAAACAACGCACCGAGCUGGAGAGAGCUCACAUCGAGCGCGAAAAGGCCCGAGACAAGCACGAGAAACUUCUGAAGGAGGUAGAACGUUUGAGAUUACAACAAUCUUCAGCCAUCAGCCCGGCUGAGUCAGUGCGAGCUUCGGUAACAGCAGGAGAGCGUACAGAGAUAGAUAGGUUAAGGGAUAGGUUAGAGAAGGCUUUACAAUCUCGUGAUGCUACCGAAUUGGAAGCCGGAAGACUGGCUAAAGAAUUGGAGAAAGCUCAAAUGCAUUUGGCUAAACAACAGGAAGCUAAUGAAUCUACACGCAUUGAAUUUGAACGAAUGUCUGCUGAAUUGGGUCGUCUACACGAUCGCCUCGAGAAAGCGGAGGCCGAGAAGGAGGCUCUGAGACAAACGGCGCGCACCGGCGUAGCGGACAAACCACAUCCACAGCUCGAGAAACACAUGGCCCAGUUGGAGGCCGACUGCAAACAGUUGACAAUCGAACGGGAACAAUUGGUCCACCAGCUGGAGAAGAGUCAAGAGAUCCUGAUGAACUUCCAGAAGGAGUUGCAAAACGCCGAAACCGAAUUACAAAAGGCCCGCGAAGAGAAUCGCAAGUUGCGCAACGGCCAUGCGACAACACCGGCUGCGGUGGCAGCAGCCGCACCCACACCGGCCGGACCCUCACCCGCCCAGUUGGCCGAACUGGCGGCCAUGCAGAAGGAAAUCCAAACGCUGCAACAAAAACUCCAAGAAUCGGAAAAAGCUUUACAGGCUGCUGGUACAGCAACCCAGGGUGGUGCCUCGCGCGAAGAAGUCGAACAAUACCGCAAGGUUAUCGAGGCCGAAAAGGCCAAGGCCGACAUGGCCGAUAAGGCAGCGCAGGAGAUGCAUAAACGCAUCCAGAUGAUGGAUCAGCAUAUUAAGGAACAACAUGCUCAAAUGCAGAAGAUGCAACAGCAGCUGAUACAAGCACAACAACAAUUGCAACAGGCACAGCAGCAAGCCCAACAGGCAGCACAGCAACAGCAACAACAACCAGCACCUGCCAACAAUGAAGAAAUCAACAAAGAACUGGAGAAAAUUAAGGCUGAGUUGCAGGCGGCGACUACACAACGGGAUCAAUUCCAACAGCAAUUGGAACUGUUGGUCGAGGAGCUGCAAAAGAGUCAGCUGGCCAAUCAGGAACAAGGGAAACAAUUACAAGCUGCCCAACAGCAAAUACAGCAACUACAACAACAAUUACAACAAGCCGCUCAAGCUGGUGGUGCCACGGCGGCAGCUACCGAGGCACAGCGACAGCAAUUGGAACAACAACAGAAACAACUGGAAGAAGUUCGUAAGCAAAUCGAUAAUCAAGCCAAGGCCGUCGAAAGUGAACGUAAAAUCAUUGAGGAACAACGCAAACAGAUCGAAGCCAAACGCAAAGAUAUCGAAGAGAAGGAAAAGAAAAUGGUCGAAUUCGAUGUACAGCUGCGUAAGCGAAAAGAACAAAUGGAUCAGCUGGAGAAACAGAUCCAGGCUCAAGGUGGUGGCGCCGCAGCAGCGGGAGAACUCAACAAAAAACUCAUGGACACUCAGAGGCAAUUGGAAGCUUGCAUCAAGGAAUUGCAAACAACCAAGGAAGAACACCAAAAGGCCGCAACGGAAACGGAACGAUUACUCAAAUUGGUACAAAUGUCACAAGAGGAACAGAAUGCAAAGGAGAAGACAAUUAUGGACUUGCAACAAGCCUUAAAGAUUGCCCAAGCAAAAGUCAAACAAGCACAAACACAGCAACAACAAGAUGCUGGACCAGCUGGAUUCUUAAAGAGCUUUUUCUAAACAUAUACAUAGUUAUUAAAAAUUACUCGAUACAAAAGGAAAAAAAAAUUCAAAAAAAAGAAAUACUCUUCUACAACACUAAUCUACAACAAAACACUACAGUUUACAGUUUCUAUACUCUUAUAUUUGUACAUUUAUUAAAUGUUCUUUGCUUUCUUCGAAACAAACAAACAAAAAAAAUUAACUACAACAAGUCAACAGAAACAAAGCUAACAACCACAACAACAACAAGAAAAAUAUCAUUUAAAUCAAUUAAGAAAAUCUGCAGUAUUUUUGCCAUACAUACUCUCUUCUCUCAAUAUAUAAAUACAACUCUCUCCAAUGAAAAAAGUCUCUCUCUCUCUAAAAAUCUCUCCACAAAAUAAAAAAUAAUAAAAAGAACAACUCUUCAAAACUUAUAAAUUCGAAUAUUUUUUCUACUCGA